AUGCCAUCGAUUAUAUCAAUGUGUCCUGAGGACUCCACAGGUGUGACUAAAUUCACCAACUGCUUGCUGGUAAAAGGCAAUGCUUUGGUCAACGAGGACUUAUGGAUAAGCUCCACCACCGGCAAGAUUCUGAACGGACAAGAGAUACUCUACGAGUAUCGUACUGCACCGGAACAAAUUGUCGACCUAGGUGGACGUAUCCUCUCGCCAGGACUCAUUGAUACGCAACUCAAUGGUGCAUACGGGUUCGACUUUUCCGUGAUCCCAGAUGAAGGCACAUCAGCCUACGCCAAAGGAGUGCAUCGAGUCAAUCGAAGCUUGGUAGCGACGGGUGUUACAUCAUACCUGCCAACCUUGACCUCACAACUACCCGAGGUCUACCAGAAGGCACUACCAUUCCUAGGGCCUUCAGGCGCCGCUCGCAACGCAUCAUACGGGUCAGAGUCUCUCGGUGCCCAUUGCGAAGGGCCAUUUCUAAACCCCACCAAGAACGGCAUCCACAAUAUAUCCGUCUUACGCGAACCAACAAAUAGCAUCUCCAACCUAGAAGCAUGUUACGGCGUCAAUAACCUCCAAAAAUCCUCACCUAUCAAGCUCAUCACCCUCGCACCCGAACUUCCCGGCGCCCUUCCAUGCAUCCCCCACCUCAACUCCCUUGGCGUAACCGUCUCAAUCGGUCACUCAGAAGCAACCUACGAAGAAGCAAAAUCCAGCAUAAAAGCUGGUGCACAAAUGAUCACCCACCUCUUCAACGCCAUGCGCCCUCUUCACCACCGUAACCCGGGUAUCUUCGGUCUCCUCGGCACACCAUCGUCGUCUAUCCAAAAACCUUACUUUGGUAUCAUCGCAGACGGCAUCCAUCUCCAUCCGACUUCUAUAAAGAUAGCAUGGAAUGCUCACCCAGAGGGCCUCAUUCUCGUCACCGAUGCCAUGCGACUGGCGGGUAUGCCCGACGGGACGUAUGACUGGACGAAUGGGUCGCGUAUCGUCAAGCAAGGCCCGCUGCUCACACUCGAGGAGAAUGGUAAGAUUGCGGGGAGUAGCAUUCAGCUUGUCGACUGUGUUAGCAAUUUCUUGCAUUGGACUGGGGCUAGUGUGCCCGAGGCCCUCAAGGCGGUUACCGAGACACCAGCAAAGAUGCUGGGACUGCAGAAUGUCAAGGGCACAUUGAAAGAGGGCGCGGAUGCAGACUUGGUGGUACUAGAUCUGCAGGAAACCGAGGGCGGGGAGAAGAAAUUGGUUGUGGAUGAGGUGUGGAAGUUUGGGGUUAGGGUUUUUGAUCGGAUGCAGGACGAGUGA